ACUUCUAUCAUCCUUCAAUUUUUCCCAAACUCUCUAAUAGAAAUGAGUGGAACUUCUUAUUCAUCAUCAUCAUCAUACCCAAAUGGUUUCGAUACAUUCUCGAAAGACGCAUCAAAUGAAGUGGAAACGUUUAAUUCCUCAAUGAGAUGGGCAAUAGCAUCCUCAAUUGUUUUAGGAUUGGUGUCAACGGUGGCACUUGUAGUUAUUAUAUAUGCCAUCAUCGACUGCUUGAAGAAAACAGGAAGUGCAAUUCCAGCUUAUGCCCGGAUUGCAAGCAAUGAGAUUGUUGGUAAAUCUACAAAAUCAGAAGGCCCAAAUCCUUCGUCUGAUCAGCAUGUGGAAAUAGCAGUGGAACCAGAAUUCCCAUUGAUUCGAGACUCACAGGUUGAAUUUGCAACAAUGGAGAGAUUCCUUAGUAACAUGGCAAGGGAGAAACCCAUCAGGUUUUCACCUCAGCAGAUUCAAGAAUUUACUAAUGGUUGCAGCACAAUAUUGGGUUCAGGUGCCUUUGGAGUGGUUUUUAAAGGAAACUUCCCAAAUGGAAUCCCAGUAGCCGUUAAAGCUCUCUCUAAUCAUUCAAAUAAGAAACUUGAAGAGCAGUUCAUGGCAGAAGUGGGCACCAUGGGAAGAACUUACCAUGUCAACCUGGUUAGACUCUAUGGCUUCUGCUUUGAUCCCUCUAUGAUGGCACUAGUUUACGAGUACAUGGAGAACGGAUCUCUCAACAGCGUACUCUUCAAUGAAACCCGGGAGAUAGAAUGGGAGAAACUGCAGGAGAUUGCAAUAGGAACUGCAAAAGGUUUAGCAUAUUUACACGAGGAGUGUCAACAAAGGAUAAUUCACUAUGAUAUAAAACCCGAAAACAUACUUCUUGAUGAAAAUCUGAAUCCCAAGGUCGCAGAUUUCGGACUAGCAAAGCUGUGUAAUAGAGAAAGGACUGAAGUAACACUGAGUGGUGGUAGAGGGACACUGGGAUAUUCUGCUCCAGAGGUAUGGCAUCGAACUUAUCCUAUUACUCACAAAUGCGAUGUUUACAGUUUUGGAAUCCUUCUUUUCGAGAUAGUUGCAAGAAGACGACAUUUUGAUGAAAGUCUUCGCGAGUCUUUCCAGUGGCUCCCAAGAUGGGUAUGGGAUAUGUACAGGAAUAGUGAACUGCCUAUCAUGCUGUCACUCUGUGGGAUUGAAGAGAAGGACAAGGAAAAGGCAGUGAGAAUGUCUACUGUGGCUCUGUUGUGCAUUCAGCAUUCACCAGAUGCUAGACCUCAAAUGAGUGAUGUGGUGAAAAUGUUGGAGGGAAACAUGGAAAUAAUGAUGCAGCCUGGAAAUCCAUUUGAGUAUCUUGAAUCAACUCGACCGAAUUACGCUCUGGAUACCGGAAGCAGUGGAGACAUGAGUACAUCUGUAUCAAGGACAAGCGCUUCCCAGCAAUCUCAUUGUAAACAUAACUUGCCUGGAACUUUAGAGAUUGAGUUAGCCAGCAAAUAUUAGCUCAGUAGAAAUUUUUAAAUGCUAAUUUUUUAUUUUUUUUCAUGUUUGAAGCAAAUAAAUGAUGAUAUUUUUUUGC